GCAGUUGCAGCGAAAAAAGGGCGCAGAAAAGUCUUUGCCUUUCUUCAAAUGUUCCUACCACCGCACCACCCAACACCUCCUUCCCUUACCCAUGAAAGAAACCGAGUUGAUCCUAUAGAAACCCAUAAAUUGAAAUCCAUUUUGUGGGUUGUAAAAUAUACUUGCUUUCUUGAAGUUCCAUUUGGAGUCAUCUUGUUGGUCUAUUUAAAUCAUUCAUUCAUAGUCAGAUCCCUUUUCUUUCCCUUGUUCCACUUAUUUUCCUUUCAUUUCCAGCUCAAAAUUUGAUUUUUCUUCUUCUUUUAUUUUCCUUAGAAAUUUGAGGAAUUUUUAAUUUUUUACUCCAAGAUUCAAACUUCAAGAUCUUUUUAUUUCCCUUUAUCCUAAUUAUAUUUGUACUGUCUUGCAAAGAUAGAGUUUUGAAAGUCAAUUCUCAUACUUCAUAUUCUUUCAUAAUUAUCUGAACCUUCAAGAUUUUUUCCAAUCCUAUUAACUACUUUUCAGUUCAUUACAUUUAAUGCAUCUCUUUCUUGUUCAAACAUUUUAUUCUAAAAUUCAAUAUUUUUUGUUGUAAAUUAACUUAUCAAGACUGAUCAGGGUUAAUACUGUACUGAUUCUUGCUUAAUAUGAAGCUUUUAGUGCGUGUGAUUGAAGCAAAGAAAAUACCAGCAAUGGACCCAGAUGGGUUCAGCGAUCCAUAUGUGAAGCUGCAGUUGGGAAGGCAGAAGUUCAGGACUAAAGUUAUAAAGAAGUGCUUGAACCCAUCAUGGUGUGAGGAAUUUAAUUUCAAAGUUGAUGACUUGAAAGAAGAGAUUGUAAUUUCUGUAUUUGAUGAAGAUAAGUACUUAAUGGAUGAUUUUAUUGGGCUUAUCAAAGUUCCUGUUAUACGAGUUAUCGAAGCCAAUGACAAAUCCCUUGGCACUUCUUGGUACACAUUGCAGCCUAGGAAUAAGAAAGCCAAGAAUAAGGAUUGUGGUGAAAUUCUUCUCACCAUAUGUUUCUUGCAAAAUAAUUCAUUGUUGGACUUGCUGUCCGGUGGAGAUCCUAUAUCAUCACCUAGGAAGUCUUUUGAUAUAUCAAUGGAUUCCCCUUUGAGGUCUUCCCCAUUGAGAUCGUUCUCGCCAAUGAGAUCUGAAGAAGUUCCAACUUCUAAGGAGGAAAAGUCACACCCAUCAACUGUCGCACGUCGAAUUGCACAAAUAUUCAACAGAAAUGUCGAUACAACACCCACAAACUUAGUCGAACCACCUAAUGUGACAGAAUUAUCAGAAAGUACAAACCCAGUUGGUUUGGGGACCAAUUCUGAAGAGCAGUCUUUGUCAGGAAAUUUUGAAGAAGUAAUGAAAAGUUUGGAGACGAGAGAACAAGGAGGUGAAGUUCCGAAUAAUUUACCUGGAGGGAUGGUUAUAGACCAACUGUAUGCAGUUGCACCAUGUGAAAUGAACUUGUUACUUUUUUCACCUGAGUCAGAUUUUUUGAAGUCUCUAACGGACAUGCAGGGAUCCACUGAUUUGGAAAUUGGACCUUGGAAAUCUGAAAAUGGUGGCGAGAGCUUAAAAAGAGUGUUUACUUAUACUAAGGCUGCAAGUAAACUGAUUAAGGCUUUGAAAGCUAUCGAGGAGCAAACAUAUUUGAUUGCUGACGGGAAGGCCUAUGCAGUUUUAUCCAGUGUGAGCACUCCAGAUGCUCCAUAUGGGAAAUGUUUUAGGGUAGAAGUGCUUUACUGCAUCACGCCUGGACCCGAGCAGGCCUCCGGAAACCAGUUGUCUCGACUGGAAGUUUCAUGGCGUGUUAACUUUUUGCAGAGCACUAUGAUGAAAGGUAUGAUUGAAGGUGGAACACGACAAGGUAUAAAGGAAAGCUUUGAGCAGUACUCAAAUUUGUUAUCUCAGAAAGUAAAACCAGUUGAUGUCAAGGACAUAGGUUCGGAGAGGGAUCAACUUUUGGCAUCUCUUCAGGUGGAGAGCCUGUCAGACUGGAAAUUGGCUGUUCAGUAUUUUGCUAAUUUUACUGUAAUUUCAACUUUUUUUAUUGGGUUGUAUAUGGUCAUGCAUAUCUGGCUGGCGACGCCUAGCACAAUUCAGGGACUUGAGUUUGUUGGAUUGGACUUGCCAGACUCGAUUGGCGAAUUGAUUGUAUGUGGAGUGUUGAUUUUGCAAGGUAAACGGGUGUUAGAGUCGAUCUCACGUUACUUGCAGGCUAGAGUGCAAAGAGGCACUGAUCAUGGGAUCAAAGCACAAGGGGAUGGUUGGCUGCUAACUGUUGCCUUAAUAGAAGGAAUCAAUUUGGCAGCCGUUGACGCAAGCGGGUUCUCUGAUCCAUAUGUGUUGUUUACUUGCAAUGGGAAAACGAAAACCAGCUCUAUCAAGUUCCAGAAAUCUGACCCUCACUGGAAUGAAAUCUUCGAAUUUGAUGCAAUGGACGAGCCUCCGUCAAUGUUAGAUGUGGAAGUUUUUGAUUUUGAUGGACCUUUUGCUGAAGCUAUGUCUCUUGGACACACUGAAAUCAAUUUCUUGAAAAGUAAUAUAUCUGACUUAUCAGACGUCUGGAUUCCGCUUCGAGGGAAGUUAGCUCAGGCAUGCCAGUCGAAGUUGCAUUUGAGAAUCUUUUUAGAUGAUACCCGAGGUAGCAAUGCUGUCAAAGAAUAUAUAACUAAGAUGGAGAAGGAGGUGGGAAAGAAGAUACGGUUGCGAUCUCCCCUAACAAAUUCAUCUUUCCAGAAACUCUUUGGGCUUCCCCCAGAGGAAUUUCUCAUCAAUGAUUUUUCUUGUCACUUGAAGCGCAGAAUGCCUCUCCAGGGCCGUCUGUUUCUGUCAGCAAGAGUAAUUGGAUUUCAUGCAGAUUUAUUUGGACACAAGGCAAAGUUUUUCUUUCUUUGGGAAGACAUAGAAGACAUUCAAGUCAUUCCUCCUACUUUGUCGUCAAUGGGUAGUCCAAUCAUCGUCGUGACUUUAUGGCGAGGCAGAGGUUUUGAUGCACGGCAUGGAGCAAGAACACAGGACGAGGAAGGCAGGCUGAAGUUUCAUUUCCACUCUUUUGUGUCUUUCAAUGUGGCGCACAGAACAAUCAUGGCACUAUGGAAGGCAAAGGCAUUGACUCUUGAGCAAAAGGUACAAAUAGUUGAAGAAGAAUCUGAAGCCAAUAGACUCGAAACAUCUGAAGAGGAGUCCACAGCCGAAAACCUCCAAGGUCCUGGGCAACAACUUGAAGCUAAUAGCCUCCAACCAAUCUACGAAGAAUCUGAAGCCAAAGGCCUUCAAACUGAGGAGAGUGGCUCCUUUUUGGGUAUCAAGGAUGUUAAUAUGUCUAUGGUUUAUUCCUCAAUCCUCUCUGUUCCAACUAGUUUCUUUAUGGAGCUAUUCAGAGGAAGCGAAAUUGACCAAAGGGUCAUGGAGAGAACCGGAUGUCUCAAUUAUACUCCCAGCCCUUGGGAAUCUGAAAAGCCUGAUGUAUAUCAGAGGCAACUUUACUACAAAUUUGAAAAGCGUAUAUCCCGCUAUGGAGGAGAAGUAACUAGCACUCAGCAAAAGUCACAUCUUCUGAGUAGAAAUGGUUGGCUUAUAGAAGAGGUCAUGACACUCCAAGGGGUUCCACUGGGUGACUAUUUCACUCUUCAUUUGAGAUAUCAGGUUGAGGACCAACCUUCUAGAUCAGUGGGAUGUAUUGUUCAGGUGUACUUUGGAAUUGCAUGGUUGAAAUACACCCGACAUCAGAAAAGGAUCACUAAGAACAUCACUUCAAAUCUUCAACAGCGCCUAAUGGUCAUGUUCAGUUUACUAGAGAAGGAAUAUGUGUCGGGAGCUUAGAUGAUGAAUCCGGACAAUGUUGGUUUCUCUUCGGUGAAUUCAACCGGGAAAAGAUCCCAAGGCUUUCAUAGAUGAUGGUCAAGAUUACUCGUUGUUAGUACUCAGUGCAUAUUUGGUGUACUACCGAAGAGGAUUGAACAUUUAUUCCUUAAUAUCGUCUAGUGUUAUCCAAUCCUUCCUACCAAAUAUGGCUGUAGGAAACUGUCUUACUGGUUUUAUGUGGGUCUCCAAAUAACGGUAAUGUCAGUGUCAAAUUACAGAAUAUGCUGCGAAUUACAUCUUUAGGAGAAAUACAGUCGACUACUAGACGAGAAGACAGUCUUUCAAAAGUCUAUUGCGAAUGGGUCGCCAAGUGUAUGUACAUGUAGAAGAGAAAUUGUUGGUGGGAAACUCGACAGAAUUUUAUUCAUUUGACAGUCUCUGAUCAAGGCCAGAGACAAGCCUAAUUCUGGUUGGAUAUUGUUUUCAAAUGUUUUUUAACAGAUCAUAGAAGGAAUAAUAUUAAUACACAUGUAAUCUUUUUGUAGGUAUAUUAUUGUAGUGCCUGAGAUAUUGGUGCAAAAAUUUCCAGUGCUAGAAUGGAAUUUGAGUCCAACAUAGGUGGCUGCAACUUCAAUGUAAUUUUAACAUUCAUGUUUUAGAGAAAUUGUCGAAAAUUAAGCCUAUGUUUGGAAUUCUGCUUAUUAUUGUGGUUA